GUGCGGGGAAGGGCGAAAAGUGUUCACAGACGCAGCGUACACAGUGCUAACGCUUCUCUCCUUCUCUCUACUGUGUAAUAUGGCUAUCAAGACGUUCAAAAUCGCUGUCCUGCCCGGCGACGGCGUUGGUCCUGAGGUGAUUGCGGAGGCGCUGAAUGUGCUUCAAGUCGUUGCCGCCUCCAACAAGAGUGUCAAACUCGAAUUGUCGACACAUGACUUCGGCGGGUGUGCGAUUGACAAGACCGGUCAGCCCCUACCGGACAGCACACUGGAGGCGUGCAAAGCGGCAGAUGCCGUCCUACUCGGCGCUGUCGGCGGUCCGAAGUGGGACAAGGGAGGGCCUCGUCCGGAACAGGGCCUGCUCGGCUUACGCAAAGCCCUCGGUCUUUAUGCCAACAUACGCCCCGCUAACUUUGCGUCCGACUCGCUGCUGUCAUACAGCCCGUUAAGGGAGUCGGUUGCCCGUGGCACCGACAUGAUCAUCAUCCGCGAGCUCAUUGGUGGGCUCUACUUCGGCCAGCGGCAAGAGACGAACGCCGAGGGUGUUGCCUAUGACACAAUGGUCUAUUCGAUUCCUGAGGUGGAACGGAUUACGCAUGUCGCGGCACAAGUUGCGCUCGCAAGUAAUCCACCUCUGCCCAUCCACUCAAUCGACAAGGCGAACGUACUUGCCAGCUCCAGGCUGUGGCGCAAGACAGUCACGGAGACGCUGGCAAAGGACUACCCGCAGCUCAAACUGGACCAUCAUUUGGUAGACUCAGCGGCGAUGCUUAUGGUGAAAAACCCGCGUGCGCUCAAUGGAGUCAUCGUCACUGGGAACAUGUUUGGUGACAUUCUUUCGGAUGAAGCUAGUGUCAUCCCAGGCUCGCUCGGCCUCCUGCCCUCCGCCUCUCUUGCUGGUGCACCGGAGAAGGGAAAGGUGACAACCGGCCUGUACGAGCCCAUCCAUGGCUCCGCACCCGACAUUGCUGGACAAGGCAUUGCCAACCCCAUUGGUACUAUUCUCAGCGGGGCCAUGCUUCUGCGGUACUCGCUCGGGCUGGAGAAGGAAGCCCAGGCCGUGGAGGACGCGGUGCGCAAGGUGCUGGACGCUGCGGACCUGGGAGGGUAUGAUGUGCGCACCAAGGACUUGGGUGGACCUGCUACUACGAAGGAGGUAGGAGCAAAGAUCGUUGAGGUGCUCAAGACCUUGCUGUAAGCUAUGGGUACAAUGGAAGUAAAUGGAAGUUACAUGUGAUUCUGAGACACCUGAAAUGGAAUAAACCAAUACACCAUCCAUGUUUCCUACCUGCUAAUCCAGUCCUGAGUGCGUGCCCACGCGCAGAGGUCUGCGGCACUUUGCAAGAGAAUCCCACGUUGCGCUCGACGCGGCUUACCUACGGGCCGUGCGUGAGCUUGUACCACGCCCCGUAGGAGCUCCUCCGUUUCAGAAAGGCUGCUAAAGCAUCUUAUUUCUUGAUUAACCCGCACAUUGACUCUGCCCUGGGCGGGGCCUGGUUUCUUCAGGCCCUUGUGCUUCAAGAGCUUGAGAGCAAGAUAGUGCAACCA